ACUACCAUACGAAGCGUUUGUGUAACCAAGAUUAUCACCUUAUUUUCCCGCAAUUUCGAUUCUUUGUAAACAGUAAAAGUCUCUAUGCCUCAAGACAUGUCUGAAUUUUCUAAACCACGGGUGAAUGGGAAGUUAUUACCCAGUUUUCAGGGUCGAAAUGUUUGUUUACUUGGAAAUGCCAAAGAUGUAGACAGCAAUGGAACGGCUUUCAUCUUGUCCACGAGUGACGGUCAGGACGUGCGAAUUAUCAUGCAGGAACCACUUGGAGAGUACGUGUCAGGGUUAACCGAAGUUCAUGGGAGUGUAGAUGCACAGAACAAUAUUCAUUGUCAAAACUAUGUUGCAUUUCCUAAGGAAAUCAGCGAUACAUUUGAUCUGGAAUUAUACAAUAAUGCAGUUGAAUUAACAUCACGGUUCAGUGAAUUUUACAAAGUUGGUGUUAUAGAUCAGUAAUAUAGACAAGGACAGAGGAAGCAGAUGUAUGUCUAUGAUGACAUUAUUAUAUUGAAGUAUCAUUGCAUUUUCAUUGGUACUGGAUUCUAUUGUUAUUUUCAAUAGAUUUGUUUGAAUGUUUUAAAA